CUUUGAAAAGACAAAAAGUUAAUGAAACUCAAAGAGUAUAGAUUACAAUCAAGAACUAAGGUUUGACAAAUAGUCCUAAUCUAUCCUAUAGUCAGAAGACUAUCCCUCACACACCUCUCACAAGAUGUGUAAACUUCUAAGUACAAUCCUCUCCUCUUUACAAUUUUGUUACUGAUCUUCUGAUUAACUUGUUCGUUUUUAUCUUCAUUGACAGCUUGAGACUUGCCACAUCCACAUCAAUGUUCUGCAUCUCCUCAAGCCACUCAUCAUAUAAUAAGUCUUUUUCCUCAGACUCUGAUCUUUACCGUUUAUUCCUCUACCAAAGGACCUUGGAGAAGAGUUGUAUCGGUUCUUUCUUUCGCUCUUCUAAUAUUUCCUGAUGUCUUCAAGUUUCCUCAAGACUUGCUUGAUGUUUGGUCUAAGAGAAAGCGAAGGAGAGCAACAAGACAUCGCAACCUCAAAAUACUUGAGGACACAUUCUUCACUCACAUCACCACUACUCCUGAGAAUCUCAGGACGAUACAGAUCAGACAACUUAUGCUCAAUAACACCAUUCCUCAUGAAAUCAGAGCUUUGUAUCCCUCAGAUGCAGAAACAUCAAGAAUGUCUUGUCCUGUCGUUAGGUUUAAGAGGAGAUGUAAACCGUAAUCAGAGACUCGAGGCUCGAAAUUCGAGGUCAGAAGAACGUUCUUGGAUUUCAGAUUGCCGUGGACUAUUGGUUUAUGCAUCUUAUUGUGAAGAUAAUCAAGAGCUUCGGUUAUUCCAAUAGUGAUACGUAAAAUGUUCAUCCA